AUGGCGAGGCUUGACAGGAUGGGCAGAAAUAAAAGCCUAGAGAGUCUAAUGGAUUCAGAAAAACCAGGAAACGCAAGAAAUGUGAAGCAACUGAGGCCCCAGAAGUCCAUUCCUGGCCAUGGCCUUGAAUUCAGUAACCUCUCGUAUAGUAUCAUAAAGAAGCAGAAAAAGGAUGGAGUUUGGACCAAGAAAGAAGCAUAUCUUCUUCAUGAUCUCUCUGGUCAGGCAGUAAAAGGUGAAAUUAUGGCAAUCAUGGGGCCUAGUGGUGCUGGCAAAUCCACCUUCCUUGAUGCCUUGGCCGGGCGAAUUGCGAAAGGGAGUCUAGAAGGAUCAGUUAGAAUUGAUGGAAAACCAGUAUCUACAAGCUACAUGAAGAUGGUAUCAUCAUACGUGAUGCAAGAUGACCAGCUCUUCCCUAUGUUGACAGUUUUUGAAACAUUUAUGUUUGCAGCUGAAGUUAGGCUUCCGCCUUCCAUUUCUGGGGAGGAAAAGAAGAAGAGGGUUUAUGAACUCCUUGAUAAACUGGGCUUACAGAGUACUACGCAUACCUAUAUUGGUGAUGAGGGAACGAGAGGAGUUUCAGGAGGGGAACGACGAAGGGUAUCUAUUGGCAUAGACAUCAUUCAUAAGCCUUCACUUCUGUUUCUUGAUGAACCUACCUCAGGCCUUGAUUCUACAAGUGCUCUUAGUGUAGUGGAAAAGGUUAAAGACAUAGCUCAAGGUGGUAGCAUUGUCCUUAUGACCAUACAUCAGCCUUCAUAUAGAAUUCAAAUGCUCCUGGACAAGAUCACCAUCCUUGCAAGGGGAAGACUGAUAUACAUGGGAAAGCCAGAUGCACUUCAGGCUCACCUUUCUGGAUUUGGAAGGCCAGUACCUGAAGGAGAAAACAGUAUUGAGUAUCUCCUGGAUGUGAUAAAUGAAUAUGAUCAAGCAACGGUUGGGCUUGACCCCCUUGUCCAAUACCAACAUGAUGGCCUCAAACCUGACCCAGCAGCCAUGACACCUGUUCCAAAAGCUCAAACACCUUACAGAAGGAACAGCCCUGCAUCCAAACACAUGAUUAGCCUACGCAGCCAAGGAUUUACUGCUGGAACCCCACAGCCAGAUUCUGCACAAUUUGGUUAUCAAGAUGAGGAAGAUGAUGAUGAUGCUGAGAAUUUUGAUAGCUCCAUUGGAAGGAGAAGUGUUCAUACACCAAGGAAUAAUAUGACUACUGGUGUUUACCCACGUUUGGCUUCUCAGUUCUACCAAGAUUUCUCAGCCAAAGAUUUCUCUGUGUGGCUUUAUCAUGGUGUUGUAGGAACCCCCCGUCGCCAACCAUCAUGGACUCCAGCAAGAACUCCAGGAUUGACACCUGGAAAAACACCCAUCAUGUCAGGACCAAGAAGUGCUGUUUCCAACCAAUAUUCUGCAGCUUAUCAGGAACCUUAUCGCCCCAAAACGCCUGCAGUGGGUAGCCAGUCUCUGGACUAUUCUGCAACUUCAUAUGCAACUUCAUAUGAAGAGUUUCAGAUUGAGGAAGUGCUUGAUGAGCCAAACCAUGGAUCCAAGUAUGCAAAUCCAUGGUUGCGUGAGGUUGCGGUGCUAUCGUGGCGAACAGCACUCAAUGUAAUUCGCACCCCAGAACUCUUCCUCUCCCGUCAGAUUGUGUUAACUGUUAUGGCAAUUGUCCUGUCCUCCAUUUUCAAAAAUCUAAGUCAAACUUCUUUCCAAGACAUCAAUAGGCUCCUCAAUUUCUACAUCUUUGCAGUGUGCCUUGUUUUCUUUUCUUCCAAUGAUGCAGUCCCAUCUUUUAUAAUGGAGAGGUUCAUCUUCAUCAGGGAGACUUCCCACAAUGCUUACCGUGCUUCUUCAUAUGUCAUCUCUUCCCUCAUUGUUUACCUCCCAUUUUUUGCAGUUCAAGGCCUCACAUUUGCUGUCAUAACCAAAUUAUGGCUCCACUUGAAAAGCAGUCUCUUUAAUUUCUGGCUAAUACUUUAUGCCUCGCUUAUAACUACCAAUGCAUAUGUAAUGCUUGUUAGUGCUCUUGUGCCUAGUAACAUUACAGGCUAUGCAGUAGUCAUAGCCACAACAGCACUCUUCUUUUUGACCUGUGGUUUCUUCCUCAAAAGAACUCAGAUACCCAUUUACUGGAGGUGGCUCCACUAUAUUUCUGCAAUCAAAUACCCAUUUGAGGCAUUGCUCACAAAUGAAUUCAAGAACCACCGUGGCUGCUACACAGGAAACAAAGCAGAUUUAUCCCCCGGACCAUUAGGAACCGUGAAGCCCAGCAAACAACAUAGUCCCAAUCUGCCUCCUGACUGCUUAUUAGGAGCAGAUGUCUUGUCCACAAUGGAUAUUACAAUGGAAAACAUAUGGUAUGACAUCAUAAUACUGCUAGCUUGGGGUGUUCUUUACAGGUUCUUCUUCUAUUUGGUUUUGAGAUUUUACUCCAAGAAUGAGAGAAAGUGA